AUGCCUCGCCUCCCCAACCCAAGAAGCAUCUCCUCUGAUCCCCCAUCAGUUACCCAUCCUUACGGGCCCAUCCUGGAUCUUGCCAUCACUCAGAACUGCUUCACCUCUAAAACCACAAACUCAGCUACAGAAAUAAGGUCUAUUCUGAUCAUCAGCCUCCUCAGCUGCUUCUGUGCAGCAUAUGAGGCCAAAAUCUUCUCCAAGGGUGAGCUGGCCCACGAACUGAAGACCAAGGGACUGGACGGCUAGCAUGGCUACAGCCUGGCAAACUGGGUCUGCAUGGCUCAGUAUGAGAGUCACUUCAACACCCGGGCCAUUAAUAGGAAAAACGCUGAUGGCAAUAUUGCCUACGGGCUCUUCCAGCUGAACAGCCAAUGGUGGUCAAACAGCAACCAGCCCUCAGCAAACGCCUGCAGCACAACGUGCAGCAAGUUUCUGGAUGACAACAUCAAUGAUGACAUCAGGUGUGCCAAGAGGGCUGUGAGAGAUCCUAAGAGGAUGUUCGCCGGGCGGGCCUGGGUAAAACACUGCAAGGGCAGGGAUUUGUCCAAAUACCUGGCUGACUGUAACCUGUGAGACGGUCACUGAGUAUGGCUCCUGGAGAAGGUGGCC